AUGCGUCUCUCGACUAUUUCUGUCAGUCUUCUCGCAGCUGGGUCUGCCACAGCCAGUCUCGAAAAGCGGGCGCCUCUUAUCAGUCGAGAUGAGAGUGGUAUCGAGGGAAAGUACAUCGUCAUGAUGAAGCCAACCUCAGAUAGUACUGCACGUGUCAAGUCAGCAGCAAAGGCCAUUGAUAUCAAGCCCGAUAUGGUCUUUGACAAUCUUGGUGGAUUUUCUGCGAGUCUGUCUGCCCGAGAUGUAGAUGACUUGCGUAACAACCCCAACGUCGCAUACAUUGAGCAAGACUCAGUUGCCAGGAUUUCCGCUGUUCAAAAGCAGGCACCAUGGGGUCUUGCGCGACUUUCCAGCAAGAAGACUGGAGAGACAAGAUAUUCAUAUGAUGAUUCGGCUGGCAAAGGCACAUGUGCCUAUGUCCUGGACACUGGUAUUGACACCACACAUCCUGACUUUGAGGGUCGUGCCGAGUUUAUUGCCACUUAUGUUGACGAUAUCUGGGUGGACGAUCAUGGUCAUGGCACCCACUGCGCCGGUACAAUCGGAUCCAAGACAUAUGGAGUUGCCAAGAAAACACAGCUUUACGGAAUCAAGCUCUUCAACUCCACUGGAGAAGGAGUCGCGUCUUCCAUCAUUGCUGGCAUGGACAUGGUCUUGCGUGAUGCUCCCAAAAGAAACUGCCCCAAGGGUGUUGUUGUGAGCAUGUCAUUUGGAGAGAUCCCUUCUAAGGGCAUCAAUGAUGCUGCCAAAGCCCUUGUCGACGCUGGCUUCUUUGCCGCUGUGGCUGCUGGUAACGGCGACGAGAAGGGAAGGCCAGUCGAUGCCUCAAGUAACUCGCCUGCCUCAGAGCCCAGCGUCUGCACCAUCGGCGCGACAGCAAAGGAUGACACUGUCGCUACGUUCUCCAACUAUGGCAAGGUUGUUGACCUGUACGCUCCUGGUGUCGCGGUUCUGAGCACAUGGCCUGGAGGCAUUACCCGUUCUAUUUCGGGCACAUCCAUGGCCACACCGCAUGUUGCUGGAGUUGCAGCCUACUUCCUCGGUCUUGGAAGGUCUGCGGUUGGUCUUUGCGAGUACCUCCAGAGCAUUGCUCUGAAGGAUACCAUUAAGGGUGUUCCUCAAGGAACUAAGAACCUUUUGCUCCAGAACGGCCAGGCAAAAUAA